AUGGGUGUUGAACUCCAAGGAAACGGGCCUGGGGAGCCGCCUAUGAACCCCGAGGUAGCGGUUCCUCUGUUCGCCGUUGGAGCCUUUGUCGCCGUCCUAUUAUUCUGGAGAACAGUCGUUCGGAUGCGCCACCGUCGGCGGUCUCAACUAGCCUCACAAUUAGACGAUCAGACGCAGCUGUCUCGGACGAAUGGCGUGAAUGCAAGCUUGAAAAAACAUGUGCUCUAUGCACCUGUUUGUGGUGACCGCCACAGCCGAGAGUUUAGGCUAUUCAAGCUCCACAUGGGGUCGAUCCCAUUGCGGCUAGAGGUGAUCCUGCUGACGAUCUAUCUGCUGCUGAACUUCAUCUUCCUCACUGUGACAGUCGAUUGGUGGGAGGACUUCUCCGGAAAGAUGUUCCAACUCAAGUACGCUGCAGGCCAUCUGGCUGUGAUGAACACGCCAGGCCUGGUUUUGAGCGCCGGGCGGAAUAAUCCUUUGGUACCACUGCUCGGACUUCCCUUCGACACUUUCAACUUCAUGCAUCGCUGGGUCGGCCGUGUUGUCGCUGCGAAUGCUGUGAUCCACAUGAGCGCGGUGUUGGCCAACCAGGCGUAUCUGAAUGGAGUCGACUAUAUUAUCUACACUAUCUGGGAGAUGCCCUUUUACAUCUACGGUCUUGUGGCAUUGCUUGGCUUCAUUCUCAUUGUCGUGCAAUCAAUGUCGCCGGUCCGACAUUCAUUCUACGAACUGUUUCUUCAUCUGCAUAUUGCCUUGGCCGUCAUGUCUUUUGUGGCUCUAUGGUACCACCUGAAGAAUCUGUUGCAGCAGCGUGUGCUUCUAGGCACGGUGAUACUUUGGGGUCUUGACCGCGCUGGUCGACUCGGCAUUCUCAUCUGGCGCAACUGCGGCAAGCGACGGACAACCGCGACCGUGGAAGCCUUGCCGGGCGCCGUUGCUCGUGUCGACGUAGAGGUCUCUCGAGCCUGGAAAUUCCGACCCGGUCAAUACAUAUACCUGUAUCUGCCAUGCCUCGGAUUGUGGACAUCGCACCCCUUCACAGUUGCGUGGUCCUCCAACGGGUCCGACUCAUCGAGCCUCAGUGAGAAGCACAGCUCAAGCGACUCGUUUGCCUCGUUGCUCGGGGGUUCAGAGAAAACUACCAUGUCAGUCCUGAUCAAGGGCCAGGAUGGAUUUACCAAGAAGCUUCUCCAAAAGGUCGAAGACUCGCCCGAGGGAAGAAUUCAGGCCAUGGCUUUGGCUGAAGGACCAUUUGGUGGUAUUCACUCCCUUGCCUCUUAUGGAACCCUGCUGUUGGUUGCAGGUGGCAUCGGUAUUACUCACCCAAUGUCCUAUCUUCACGAGGUAGUCACCAAUUUUGCGACUCGAAAGACGGCCACCCGGAAGGUGCGCCUCGUGUGGAUGAUUCGCACCUUAGAUCAUCUCGCAUGGAUCCAAACCUGGAUGACGGACAUUUUCGGGCACGACUCUCUUAACAGCACCAUGGACCCCAAGGGAGACACGUACUUCCAAUUCCCCAGCCUGAUGCUCUCCAUAAGCAUCCAUGUGACUGGUCACAAGGAUGAUCUUGAAGAGGGUCUUCCCGCACCAGAGACUCCGUGGACCGAAUGCGCCCCAUCCCAUGUGCCUGUCAGCAUCCAUCACGAGAGGCCUUCUUUCCGAAAUCUCCUGGAGACCGAGAAGGCGGAACAGGUCGGCGCGCUGGCGGUCAGUGUGUGCGGUCCUGGUGGAUUGGGGGAUAGUGUCCGUGAUGCGGUUCGCCAUGUCCAAGGAGAGAAGACGGUUGAUCUCUUCGAAGAGACGUUUUCGUGGUGA